AUACCGUUAGGCGCAAGUAAACGACACGAAAAAUCGCGAAGUUAGCGGAUAAAGGCACUUAGAAUGAAAGUGAAGGCAUAUAUAAUUAUAAAUUCAAAAGUAUUGUUGGAAAUUAUAAAGGAAGUGCUUCAAAACGGAAUUUUCGGAGGCAAUUAACUCAGCAAAAAUUUAACAAAUACACACUCUGACACAAAUAAAAACAAAUAUAAUGGUAUUCUCAUACAACACACACACAAAGACACAUCUGUGCCUGUAAAUCAAACAUUAUCGACCUUUCAAUAGUCAAUCAGACCACCGCGGCUGUCGAUAAGAUACCUUCAAUGCAACAACAAUAACUAAAACAUUGAAUUCACAACAAAAACUAGCGCCCAAUUGACGGAUAUGCUACCGAAAUCAACCACAACGACGCGAAAUACAUGAAAGAUUGCAUAUCGCGCGAUUGAUAAAUACAACACACACAUACAUACAUACAUAUGUAUGUACAUUUGUUUUCAUUAAACACACUCACACAUACACCUAGGCUAACAAGCCCGUGCGUUUGUGUGCAGGUAAACAAAGCAUUUGUGGCAGACUGAUGUAAGAUCUGGCUUUUUAGCAAUUUUUUUUCUACGAAAAUUUCUGAAGUGAAGCUCGAACAUACAUAUGUACAUAUGUAUGGUAUAUGCACACAAUCAUAAAUACUGAAAUUAUUUGAUUAAAACGGUAGUAUAUAUAUUUAUGCCGCUAACUGGGCGUGUUGCAUCUCGAAAGCAGUUUAAGUAGUCUUCUAAGCGCUGCUAAGUAGGCCAGACGUGCAUGUGAAGCCAAGGGCCAAAAAGCCGAAAGCGAAAAAAUAUUAACUACUGCAGUUGUAUAUAUGUAUAUACGUGUGUUUGUGUAUGUAAAUUGCGUACAAAUAAUUGCAAAUAAUGAGCGGCAAAAACAACGCAGCGCAGAGCAUCAAAAUUGAGGACGAGCUGGCGUCAGUGCAGACACAAAGUUGCCUUGACAAAUUGAAAAUGAAGAACAGUACGUUGGAUAAAAUCUGCAGCUUCCUCGGCGAGCUCAUCGGCACCGGACUGCUGGUCUUUCUCGGCUGUAUGGGUUGCGUAAAGAAUGCCGCCUACGAAAAUAAUCACUACCAAAUGACUUUUAACUUCGGUUUGGUCGUCUUGGUGAUAAUCCAAUGUUUCGGCUGUGUCUCCGGUGCACAUCUGAAUCCGGCCGUAACCUUGGCUGCCUACAUUUACAAUUUGGUUUCCUUGCCAAUGGCUGCUAUCUAUUUUGUCGGACAAAUGUUGGGCGGUUUUAUUGGUUAUGGUCUGCUGAAGGCGCUCAUACCACAGAAUGCCGUCUCAUUGGACGGACCACACAAUCUCUGCGUGACCACUGUGCAUGGUGACAUUGACGCCUGGCAGGGCUGUGCUAUUGAGUUUAUCAUCACCGGUGUGUUGAUUUUCACCUGCUGCGGUGUCUGGGACCCACGUAACGCCAAAUUCCAUGACUCAGUGCCAAUACGUUUCGGUUUGGCCAUCGCUUGUCUUGCCAUCACAGCGGGUCAAUUCACUGGCGCCAGCAUGAAUCCAGCUAGAUCUUUCGCUCCUGCUCUGUGGAACUCAGACUUUCAGGAUCACUGGGUAUACUGGGUUGGUCCACUAGCCGGCUCAGCGGUGUGUGCUAUCGUCUAUAAGGUGAUCUUCAGACGCGAAGUUGUUGAGGAGAAGGUCAAUAACAAAUUGCGCGCAAUGGAGGAGGUGCCACUCUCAUAAGCCACACCCUCCCUCUCUUAGUGUACGAAAUUUAUCACUCGAAAUACCAAAGAGCGAUUCAAAAGAAGCAAAUCGACAUCCACGCGGACGUCGCAGAACAAUACGAACUUCCUGAGUUGGAAAUGUUUUAAUUUUUUGUUUUAGAAUAUUUAUCUACUUAAGAAGUGCAUUUAGUAAGUCUGCAAAGCAGAUGAAUUUUAUAUAUUUUAGUUUUUGUAAAUGCCUACAAAACCAAUUCGAAACAUAUUUGUAAGCUAUGCAUUUGCGCUCAGUGGUCGAAAUUUUCAAGAGCUGAGCCGAAAAGGUUCAAGACAGUACGAUUUAUACAAUUAUGCCGUUUGUUAGAAAAAUUGUUGUAAAUAUAUAUAAUAUGGAAAGUUAUAAAAUUACAAAAUAAAAAAAUUAAUACGAUCAAAACUUA